UACAGGAGAAAAUGGUGUCGCUAAAGCUACAGAAGAGACUGGCGGCCAGCGUUAUGAAGUGCGGGAAGGGAAAGGUCUGGCUCGACCCCAAUGAAGUCGUCGAAAUUUAUAAGGCCAAUUCCCGACAAAACAUUAGGAAGUUGGUAAAAGAUGGUUUUAUCAUCAGGAAGCCAACUAAGAUUCAUUCUCGAUCCCGUGCUCGGAGAAUGAAGGAGGCUAAGAGAAAGGGGCGUCACUCAGGAUAUGGUAAACGUAAGGGUACCAGGGAAGCAAGGUUGCCCACUAAAGUUCUUUGGAUGAGGAGGAUGAGGGUUCUUAGGUGCUUGCUUCCCAAGUACAGAGAGUCGAAGAAAAUUGAUGAGCACAUGUAUCAUGACAUGUACAUGAAGGUGAAGGGUAAUGUUUUCAAGAACAAACGUGUUCUAAUGGAGAGUAUCCACAAGUCAAAGGCUGAGAAGGCCAGAGAGAAGACUUUAUCUGACCAGUUCGAGGCCAAGAGAGCAAAGAACAAGGCUAGCAGGGAAAGAAAGAUUGCUAGGAGGGAGGAACGUCUAGCUCAGGGACCGGGCGAUAGAGCUGCAGCACAAGUGUCAGCCCCUCCACCUGCUACCCAGUCAGCUCAUUGAGUGACUUGUAAAUUUGCUUCAUUUCUUUCAUUUGGUGAUUGCUCUAGCCAUGACUUGAAUUUCUUCUAAAUUGUUACGCAGAGGAAACAAGAAGGCUAAGAAGUGACUUAUCUUUGGUUGCUAGUUUCAAGAGUUGGUGGAUCAAUUUCAUUGAAAUUUUUUUGUUAGUUUCUGAGAUCUCUGUCCGGCCUUUGGUUUUUAUCUUUUGAUAAAACUGAUUUACUAUGUCGAUUGUACAAUGUUUUAUUACACGUUAAUAUUUAUAUGUCGUCAAUAAAUUUUGCUGUUGGAAUUCA